GUCACGGCCGCGGCGAGGCCACUCGAGCGGCGCUUCGUAUAAGGGACGAGGGAGGAGGGCCGUCUCGGUCGGCGGCGCUAUUGGCCGGGAAGAUGGCGGUGAACAGGCACCACGCGCCGGGCGGAGGGGUGAUCCCGCCCAACGGGGAGAGCAUUCUCAAGCACUGUAAAGAUGUGGAGCUGACCUUCUCUGAUGUGACUGGCAAACCAGAGAUCUUCAAAGGCACCAAGAAAGGAAUGGUGUUUCUCACUCCUUACAGGGUUAUUUUUGUGUCCAAGGGUAAUGACCCAAUGAUGUCCUUCAUGAUGCCCUUCUACAAGGUGAAAGGAUGCUCCAUUGAACAGCCCGUAUUUUCCGCCAAUUAUAUCAAAGGAGUGAUAGAAGCAGAACCUGGAGGUGGCUGGGAAGGACAGGCUUCAUUUAAGAUGAGCUUCUUCAGUGGAGGUGCCAUAGAGUUUGGGCAACUGAUGUUCAAACUUGCUAGUGAUGCUUCUAGGGGAGUACCUGCUCAGAGUUUUGGCUAUGGCUAUGCUGUUCCUGGGGGCUAUGCCCCUCCGCCUUUUGCAGGAGGAUAUGCACCUGCACCAGGGGCCUAUGCUGCACCACCACCGGGACCCUAUGGUUAUAUGCCUGCACAAAUGAAUGGAUAUGGACCAGUUGCACAACCUAUGGGAUAUACAUAUGCUCCUCCUCCAGGCAUGUAUCCAGCACCUCCUGGGAUGAACUCCAUGUACAUGGCUCCUCCUCCUCCAUAUCCCGGCCCUUCUGCAGGACCUUCAGCCCCAUCUCAGGCAGUACCUUCAGCUCCUAGAACUUGGACAGAGCCAGGAACGCCAGGUGGCAACAAAGCAACAGAGGCAACUUCCAGUGCAUAUUAUAACCCGGCUAAUCCUCACAAUGUCUACAUGCCUAUGGAUCAACCACCUCCUUAUUCACCACCUGAGGAGAAGAAGAACAACUGAGAAGAGCCCAGGGGCUGUCCUCCCAUGUUUUUGUCCUAGAAGAUUUUGCCAUUGCCGCCGCCUCCUCUUGGUUCUGUAUACUCUAGGUCAUCCUGUGUCACUAACCUGCACGAUGUUGGGUGACUCUUCAACACCCGCUGUUCUUGAAACUUUCCUCAUGGCAAUACAAAAGAGCAGCGACAGUAUUGCUUUCCUGAGUACUUGCUUUUCUCUCCUGAGACCAGAAUAGAACAGCCAUGACUAUUUUAGCCCUUGGUUUGAAGGGAGAGGUGAAAUAUGCAUAAUGCAAAUGAAGCCACAUAAGUAGGAACAAAAUACUGAAGCUCUCUAUAUGGAACAAAAACACUUGUACACACAGAUAGGAGUAUGACAGGAGUAUUCUGCUUCCAUGCAUCUCUGCUUGUGAGCAUCAGUGUGGCAUGUUACAACUGCAUUAACUCCAUGCAUUUAAAAAAAAAAAAAUCUCCAUGCAGGUUAAUGCAUGAGAGGGAAUUCUAUAAAUAUGUGGAGGCUUAUCUUAUUUUCUAGGAAAGUAGCAGAGAGGAAAUCUCCAGUGAUGUAUAAAAAGAUGGCCUGGGGAAGCAACCAAAGGGCUAACCAGUAGCUGUCUUUUUGAAUAUGUUGGUGCAUCUCCAGCUUAUCAUGAUGAAACUACAUCUGGCUCUGAAACAAACAUGUUCUCUACACUUUUGCAACCUAUCCCUUGCAAGAGGAUGCCUGGGGAAAACUUACAAUCAUGUGAAAUAACAUGUACAGUCAUACCUUGGGUUACAGACGCUUCAGGUUGCGUCCCACGCCAGACCUGAAAGUACCGGAACAGGUUACUUCCAGGUUUCGGCGCUUGCACAUGCGCGGAAACACUAAAUUGUGCAUGCGCAGAAACGCAGAACCAUGUGUGCACAGACGCAGCACUGCAGGUUGCAAACGUGCCUCCCGCACGGAUCAUGUUCGCAACCCGAGCAUCCACUGUAAUAGGUUUCUCUUCUGCUGUUGGACCAGUGUAUCUAAAAGUGUAUCCUGUCUUUUGGUAUAGGGGAUAUUGAGAAGAUCUCAAAUUCAAGAGAGGCCAGACUAUCUGUCUGAUCAUCUAAUUCCUAGUGCAGCUGAGAAACCUGGAAAGGAUCAAUUUAUCUGAACUGGAACCAAAGAUGUGGCUUUAUGAAAUUAGUCGUUUGGAGUUGAGGGGUGAAGCUAAGCAAAAAGUAUAGGGUACAGAAAUAAGAGCAACCCACCCAUGUCAAGCAUUCUGGAAACACAACCCAAGCAGAAUGUCUUGGUCUCCUGGAAACCAGCCAAAUCCGGGUCCAGAAUGUCUUGGUACCCAGUAGCAGCAAAUGCAGCAGAGUCUAUUUAAUAGGAGAGUACUUUAUAGAAAAGAGCUAUUAUUCUAGCAAACUCCUGAGAUAGUGAAGCCAUUUCUCCUUGCUCAGCCAGCUGAGCUAGGCACUAAUGUAACUAGAAAGGGCUAAAUGGUGAAUGAUCUGGGUGAGAGGAAGUAUUGAAACUCACUUUAAAAUAAAGGCAUGUCAGACUUGCUUUUGAACAAAGUUGGAAGAGAUGGCAAAUGAAUUAGGAAGGGCUAAAAGGAUGUUUGCCAGCAAGCAGCGCACAUUAUUGUGGUUGCUUACAUAAGCUGUCGCUGGUUUAACUUUUAUUUUUCACAUGAUAAUCCCCCCUCUAUCUGUUCCAAAGAGAACUCUUCCUCCACAUAUAAUGGAAAAUAUAACUUAAGUAAAGCCUAUUCUCUUAGGAUAUCUUUUCCUCUCCUCUAAAGGGGCUCUAUUUUGCAAGAACCAUUCAGACUAGUUUGUAUUCAUGGAUCCCUUUGUGACCAUCUUCCCUUUAGUAACUGAGAAUAUUACUCAGUAUAGCAGGCAUAGGGUGAAAUUUUUUAAUAACUAUUUUAUUCUAAAUCCAAGAAGCUUAACCACUUUCCAUAACUUAAUAGUUUCCUCUGUAAUAUUUUUGGAUUGCACUUUAAUACAGAAGUAUUGAAAUCUU